GAAAAGCAACGGCAAAGGCAUAUUGCACAAACAUAUGUACAUAUGUGUAUAUAUACAAACAUACAUACACACAUACAGUGUGUUCAUAUAUUCAACAGCAGUUCGAGAUAACGUUGCUGCUGAUAUAGUUUCAAAAAAUUUGUGCAAGUUGAUGAAUACGGACUGGAUAGCUGGCAAGCCAAAUUUCUUACAUACAAACAAAUAAACAUUUACUUAUACUCGUACAUACACACAUAUGCAUAUGUUGAGAAGUUUGUUUGCGCGUUGGAAUUAGCGGGAAUUUGCGUCGGUGUACUUGUGUGUGCGUGUGUAUGUACAUUUGUAUGUAUGUAUGUAUGUAUGUAUGCGAGUGCGCUUUACAUAACCAAUGAAAAAGGUUGAGUUUGAAUUCGUUAAAUUAAUUUCGUUAAUCGUGCGCACGCAACAAGAAUAAUAACAACAAUAACGACUGAAACUAACUAAGGACUAAUACGAAGAGCCAAUACCUAGCUUUAGCCUAGGGGAACGUUGCGUGUGUGUUUCAUUUUGUAAAGCCUGAAGCGAAACAGAGAGAUCACAGAUUACAGAAUUCAGAUCACAGAUCAUAAAUAAAUUAGUGUCUCUGUGUGCAAAAACGCAUAAACCAUAAAACAAGCCAGCUUAAGCUUGAGCGACAAAUCAAAUCAGCAGCAGCAGCUACUCAUCCACUCAUUACUACUGACACUCGCAGGACGACGAGACCGGCUCCGCUUCAUCACCAAGUAGCCCAAAGUACGCGCACUCCAACUCAUCCAACAAUCAAUACAAUCAAUUUUUCAGAUGCGAUUUGAAGAACUCUGAAACAUAGACAUAAUUAAAAGCAUAUGCCAAACUCUGCGCCGUAUCAGAUCGUUCGUUCUGUCUCGCUCACUAGCUCGUCUCGCACCAUUCUAAGAAACCAAAAACAACCAAUACAGCCGCCUCAUUAUUACAACACACGAGCGUUUCGUUUUGCAAAAGACUUGCCAAAAGGAACCAAAACCCAAACAAACCUAAACUACAAAACAAUUCAGCUACAACAACUAAAUCGCAUGAUAGAUCAACAACAAUAGUAACAGCAACAACGACAACAACCAAUUUAGAUCAUAACAAUUUGAUCGAAUUGAAAGACCCAAACAAAACAAAAACAAAAACAAAAUACCAAAAAGCCAAGGCAGCUAAAUCUAAAUCUAAUUCAAUUCAAUCCAUCAAAAACCAGCAACAUUCACUUAAAAAUGGCCGAAGACGCUGCUAUGGAGACAUGCCCGAGCCCUGAAAUGGGGGACUCACGCAAAAGGCCCCUCGAUUCCGAUCCGGAAAAUGAACAAUCUAAACGCUCACAUUUCAGUUCCGCAGCAUUCGCCCAAAUGCAAUAAAUAACUCGAUGAAAUGAAAUGUGAUAAGCAGCAAAGAGAGCUCUAAAAACUACAUAUAACCAACCACGAAAAACACUUAAAGUAAUGUUGUGAUAAAGAAAAACAAAAAAUGCAAAAAGAACUCUAACAAAUCAAGCAAAAAACUCACAAAAAAAACAAUCACAUGCCAUAAAACGACUGAAACGACUUAGUCGUCAAUCAACGCAGCUCAGCACAAUCUUCAUAGCUCCAGCUCGCAAAAUCUUUUCACAAUUCUCCAGCAAGGCAGCUACAUCGCUAUCGCAGUAUUAGAAACUCAACGCCACUCUGAACUAAACUCUGAACUCAACUCUGCGCUACGGCACUCAACUCAAUAAUCCUUGGAUCGACUCCACUUUAUUCCACUCGACACAACUCUAUUUAACUCUGAUCGACAGCACUCCCCUCGACCCCCGCAGCUUGGAGAGGAUACAAGUGAAUGCCUUACGAGUAGAAGUAGAUUAGAGAGCAGCAGCAACAAAGAUCACUCUGAUAUUUAAAUAAUUGAAUUCAAAAGAACUAAACAAACAAUCAACUGCAACAAUAAUUCCGUCGUCGCAUGGACAGCUCUGUGCGGAUAAGAAGAAGACUGAACCAUAACUGCAGCAGCAGCAUCUCAUCAAAACUUCAGCAACAUCAGACAAAAUUUACGAAAAGAAAUAAACACAGACAGAAAGGGUGCAAUGCACACAAUGGAAAGUAUUGUAAAUGCCAUUGAUACGGCAGCGCAACAGCUCCUGCAAUUGCAACAUAUUGACUUGUAUGCAUCGGCAACAGGAAUCAGCACAUCGACAACAACAACAACAUCACCGACACUGCAACAUCUCGCAUACGAGUACCAGCAACAUGUCCCAACAAAUUCGUCCUCCUACAUGUCGCCACUAGCUUUUAACUAUCUGCAGCAACAGCAACAAUCGCAACGACAGCAUUCCACAACAGCACCAAUAACAGGCACAACAGCGACAUCAUCGUCGCCCUCAUCAAUACAUUCACUGACCAGCGGUAACAGCAACAGCAGCAGUAUUAGCAUCAGUAGUGGCAGCAGCAAUAACAACAAUAGCAUUGCAUACUCAUUAGCUGUUCUUAACUAUAAACAGCAGCAGCAGCAGCAACAGCUGCAACUUGCACAAAGCAGUGCUAAUCUAGACAAUACUCAACCUCAUCAUCCAUACAACAAUCACAUACAGAUGGAACUGCAACAGCCAGCACUGAGUAGCCACAAUGCCUCGCCCACAUCGGCCAAUGUCACGCCCGAUGCCAGCACUCCUCCCCUGACGGUCGCAGCAACUGCAAUUGUAGCAGGCACGCCUCAACAGCAGCAACAUCAUCACCAGCAACAUUUGCCGCAGCUUGGCAACAAUGUUGCAGCUUCGGCUGCAGCCAACUACAAAAACUCCUCCUGUUGGUGCUAUGGCGAUUCUUCGUAUCACAUGAAGAUUCUGGUGCCUGCCGUGGCCUCUGGCGCCAUUAUCGGCAAAGGUGGCGAGACAAUCGCCUCGUUGCAGAAGGAUACGGGUGCUAGGGUCAAGAUGUCCAAGUCGCAUGAUUUCUAUCCCGGCACCAAUGAGCGCGUCUGCCUCAUUACCGGCUCCAUUGAUGGAAUCAUGACGGUGCUGGACUUCAUCAUGGACAAAAUACGCGAGAAGCCAGACCUGACCACAAAGAUCAUCAUUGAUGCCGAGUCCAAGCAGGCCCAGGAGCGCGAUAAGCAGGUUAAGAUAUUGGUGCCGAACUCCACGGCGGGCAUGAUCAUUGGCAAGGGCGGCGCCUUUAUCAAACAGAUUAAGGAGGAGAGCGGCUCCUAUGUCCAGAUCUCGCAGAAGCCCAAGGAUGUCUCUCUGCAGGAACGCUGCAUCACCAUUAUUGGUGACAAGGAGAACAACAAAAAUGCCUGCAAGAUGAUACUAUCAAAGAUCGUCGAGGAUCCACAGUCGGGCACCUGUCUAAAUGUCUCCUACGCUGAUGUGAACGGGCCGGUAGCUAAUUUUAAUCCCACCGGCUCGCCAUAUGCCACCAACCAGAAUGCCAUCAACUCCAGCACGGCGUCGCUAAACACCACUCUGGGCAGUUCAAUCGGCGGUGCGGCCACUGCGGCCAGUUUGCUAGUCAAUGGCACGGGUAUCAACUUGUCUAUUAAUCUAGGUGCACCGAACCCAGCUCCAAAUCUAGCAGUUGCUACACAGCUGCUGGAGCACAUUAAGGUUGCCAUGCGCGGAUCGGGCUACACUGAGACCGCCACCUCAGAGGUAUGCGCAGCAUUAGGGGUGCUGGCCAAAUACGGCGUACUGACAAUGGGCGUGGGCGUGCCCCAUGCCAACGGAGCCCACACCACACUGGGCAACUAUCUGGGCGUAACAACACUCGAUCAGCAGACAGCAGCUGCUGCUUCAGCGGCCUCUACGGGCAAUGUAUUCGGAUCCGUCGGACAGGUUAAUCUGGAGCAGUAUGCCGCUGCAGCCGUUGCUGCUGCCGCUGCCAGCCGGCCGACACAGACUCAGCUGGAGGCUGCGGUGCAAUUCGAUCCAUUCCGCCACCUGGGCUCGGCUACGGCACCUGCCUCUACGCCCGUGUCGCUGAACAAUAAUAGCUUUGGUCUGACCGCGGCCACGGGCACGGCCACCACGGCCCAGUUGAGCGCCGCCUCGCUGAGCGGUCUAAGCAAGAGCCCCACUCCAGGCGAUCUGGGGGCCAAGGACUCAAAGAAUGUCGAGGUUCCCGAAGUGAUUAUCGGCGCUGUUCUAGGUCCUAACGGUCGUAGUUUAGUUGAAAUUCAACAUGCCUCUGGCGCAAAUGUGCAAAUUUCCAAAAAGGGCAUAUUCGCACCUGGCACUAGAAAUCGCAUUGUAACCAUUACUGGUCAGCAGAGUGCCAUUGCCAAAGCGCAAUAUCUAAUUGAACAGAAAAUCAACGAGGAGGAGUCAAAGAGGGCGCGACAAAUUCCAUUAACCACUGUUGUGAAUUAAAAAGCGAAAGCAAAAACAAAUGCAAACACAACAACCACAACCACAACAACACUAAUUACCCCCCCACAUAAUGCGUUUUUCGUAUAAAAUGUUCAUUUAAAGAAAAGAAAAGUAAAGAGAAAACAAUAUUUAACAAUUUUAACAAAAAGCAUACCAAGCAAGAGGAAAAUGUUGAAAACGAAGCAAAAACAAAACAUCAUACACCAUGAGAGAAGCAAUCGAAAAAGAAAACAAUAACAAACAACAAUUAAUUCAAAUCAAACACUUGUUGAAUUGGUAAUUAUUAUUGCAAAUUUAUAUACAUACAUAAAUAUUUAGUUCAGAUGAAGUUCCGGGCUUCUAUAACCGGCGAUUAGCCGAAACUAGUCGACCAUUAUAGAAACGGACUACAGAGAAACUACUCUAAUAUUUGAUUUGAUAGUUGAUUGUUCAUUUGGUUUGCUCAUAUGCCAUGCUUCUUAUUCGAUACUUUUGGGCCUGGCUAACUCCAAGAAAUCGGCCCAUAGACCCACACAUAGUUAUAUAUAUAUAUACACCAGUAUGAUGAAUACAGAUACAUAAUUGUUUGAUGGUUUUGUUUUUGUUGUGCAUUUCGACAAAGCUACAUAAAUAUAAAUAUAUUUAUAUGUGUGUCAACCAUACAUGCAUAUUUGUAUGUACAAUUAAAUUGUUGAGUCUCGUUUUUAUUACACACAUACACACACACACAUAUAUAUAUAUAUGUAUAUAUAUAUAUACUAUAUAUAAACAUAUUUACAUCAAUUAGCAUUAUGUUGAGAACUUUUGUAUAAUGAGCGAGCGUUUUCAGUGAAAACUUCAGGUGAUUUUCUAAAACAAAAUACUUACAAUGGUGUCAAAAUAAGGUAAAUAUUUUACUACACUCACACACACAAACACACAAAUAAAUAAAUACACAACAUAUAAAUAACUAGAACUAGAGAGUAACUAAAGUUGAAACACGUGAGUUUCGCAAUUGAUUUGCCCAAAGGUGCAGAACAACUUGCGAAGGACAGGCUAGUGAAAUAUGAAACACGUGUCUCCCCUCCGCAAACCUAUCUCUUUAUAGUUUAAAGUUUACAAAACACGUUUUCUGUUUUUGUUUCCGUUUCCGUUUCUGUUUUCUAUUUCCUUUUGUUGAUGACCCCACAGUGUGCUUUUUCAAAAUUCAUAUGUAUGUAUAUAUGUAUGUAUAUGAAUGAAAUGGAUUUAUGAAACGCUUUUACACAAUACUUAUUGUUGAUGUUGACCAUGAUAAUGUUAUUAUUAUUAUUUUUGAAUCCAAUACGAUAUGACAAAUGAAGGAUAGUUAUAAGAUGUGGUGUUAAUGUGUUGCGCGCGCACGUGAGUCUCCUUUUUGUGUUUGAUUUGUGCUCCUUAUUUGUUUUACUCCUUUGUUUGUUAUAACUCUUCUUCACAACAACAAAAAUUGCGAUUUGUUAGCUGCCAGUUCGAAUACUGCUCCUUUGAUUAUUUUUAUGAUUAUUCAUUUUGUUAACAAGCUGUUUUCCCAGCACAUAGUAUGUUUUCAAUCAUUUUGUUUCUUACAUUCUAAGUUUAAGCUCUACACUCGUUUUUCUGUUUUUUCACGGUAAUGCAUCACAUUAUGUUAUAAUGAAAUACAAAGUAAAAAUGAAAAAAAAAAACAACUCUUUGUAAAUUAAACACAUAUACACAGACACACACACACACACCCAAACACGCGUACAUUUAGGAAUUUUUCAUGCGCCAUCAACCUUCCAGGGUCUGUUUAAUUUUAAGAUUUGUGCAAUUAUUACACAUAACCUUCGAUACAUUUGAACUACUUUUGUAAAUAAAACGCAGUAUAAAAACAAAAAGACAAAGCCUUGCUUGAGUUUGGCAAACUGUUCGCUAAAAGUUUGCCGGUCACACCAGCACACAUCGAUGGAAAAUCAAUGAAAAUACAUAUUUGUUGAGCAUCACAUUUGAGUUUCCUAUUUCACAAACAUACUAUACAUACACACAAACACAUAGAGAAAUACCCUACUUGUAUAAUAAAAAAAACAUUUCUUGUUUUAUUUUAUGCUUUACACGUAAUUUAGUUUAACAUUUCUUUUGAUAAAUAGUUUAAAUGAAACAAAAUUUCAAUAAAAACUUGAUUAUUACAAAAAAACAAACAAAAAAAAAACAAAAACAAUCCAGGCCAUGUUGUUUACUGUGUUUAAUUUUGAGUCGAGCUCCGCAACCUCACCUUCUCACCAAGGCACUACCAACCAACCACAACCAAGAACCACAAGCACAAACACCACCCAUUACAACAACCACAGCACCACUAACCGUUAAUAUUCGUCAAACAUUGCAAGCGUCUCCUAAAAAUCGAAUAAAAUAAAAUACAACAUUAUCAUGUCAAAUCAGCAAUCAGUCAGUCAAUCAAUCAACCAACCAAUCAGUCAGCCAGUCAGUAAAUCAACCAACUUUACGUUCAAUUUCAAUUUCAAUUCAAUCACUGAAAACGCUCAUCACUUUCUCAAAGCUUAGUGGUAAACACGAUCCUAUGCUAAGUUAUUGCUAAGUUCAAAAGUUGUUCUUAUUAUUUACUUGAUUUUUUUUAAUUUGUUCGCUAUUAUUGUUAUGAAUGAUGACCUACAUUUGUUCUUAAUUGUGCAAUAUUUAUAAAAUAUACCAUAAAUUAAAAAAAAAUAUAUAUAUAUACUAUAUACAUAAACAGGAAGAUAUGCAUAAUUUCUGAAGUCUUGUGACGAAAUUGUUUCGGAAAGCGUCAGAAGCAAAACACAAAAAGAUAAAUUGAAAGUACAGCCGUAAAUGCUAGUGUGCCUUGUAAUAUGCAUUAACAUACAAAAAAGUAAAUGAAUGGAGGAGUUGUUGUUUUAAUUACAACCAUUAUUUUAUCUAAUUAUACAAAUAAUAAAGUAAAACACGACACGUGUAACAAUUGUUAAUGAAUAUGAAUCGUAGUCGUAGUCGUAAUCGAAGCGAUACACAAAUGUUAAAAGAAAAGAAAGCAGGGCGUGCAAAGAAGAGAGAAGCACCACAGCACAGCUAAGAACUCUCCAUAGACCGUCGACUACCUACGGACCGAGGCUAAUAGCUAUAAGCUAAAAGCUUAUAGCCCAGCUGGGUCUUGGUCGUGAAAAUACACCAAAAUAAUAAAAGAAACCAUAACAAAAAACACCAAUGAAUCGCAAUUAUAAAAUCAAUAAGCAAUACUACCAACAAGAACUUCAUCUCUAACUACAACAACUGCAGUAAAACGUAGCUUCAAGCAAUCAACAAAAAUCACAACAAGCAUAAUACACAAACCUGUGCCCGCCCCCUCGCAACUACAAAUGUUCAUUCUAUCGUCUGUUUUAUCAUGAGACAGGGCUGUUCUCGACUCAAAACAAAAAGAACAAAAGCCAAAUAAAAAGUCCAUUGUAUCGAAAUCAGCCGUAUUAUCAUCAACUAUAUUCACACGCACACACGCACACAGACACGCAUUCACAUACACUAAUGCAUCCAUAGAUUCGUACUAAAUACCAGUAUCAAUCAUUCAGUCAACCCAUCAAUCACAUACAUCCACAUGCUCAUGAGUUAUACAUACAUCUUAAUGUAUGAGUUUUAUGAAAAUAUAUAAACUUGUAGUAGAUGAAAAUAAACAAAUAUAGUGUACAUAUUUGUACUGGAUCUGUGAUAUGUAUUUAAAAAGAAAACAAAGCAAAAGUAUAUAUAGAAGGAAAAAAACAUUAAAUUAAUUAUGAAAUAAUUAAUUUUUUAAAUGCAUUAAACGAAAAGCUUUACUUUCAAAGCAAAACCAAAUCAACUUCUCAAUUCAAUUUCCCCCCCUCCAUCAUUAACGUGUGUCCAAGCGUGGCAGCUUUCCUUCUAUCGAUUCAACCAGCGCUCAGUAGAUUCACGAAAAAUCAACAACAAAUCGUUCAGUCAGUCGGUCUUUUUUAUGUAACAUAAUGUAACUGCCAUUGUCCGUUCCAACUCCCUAAGUGUUGGGCAGGUUUUGUUUUUCAAUCUGUGGGCAAAGGGAUCUUGCACGGAUAGGUAUCGAAAAGUAUCGUGCUAGCAUGAGUAAAUGAGCGCCAAAUGUACUCGUAGGUACGAUACUUGAAACCAAAUCCACCCCAAUUCGAACCAGGAAAUGGAAAUAUUUAUUAAAAUCGUGGCAACUAUACAGAUUUUUGUGUUAAGAUCUAAUGUCUGACUUCCGAGUUCCGAGCUCUGAAUCUUGUUGGAAAUCUCAAGAGUAGUGAGAUUUAGGAGUUGAAAUCGUAACACCGUGAACAGGUCCCUAGCGAUAAGAAAGCCGACCAAAUGAUGGACCCCGGGAUGGGCAGUGAAUGGCGUGGUCGCGACACGUCAUGUAAAGUUGUGUUAUGCUUGUUUGGAUUUUAUUGUUUUGCGUUUGUUAUUUGCUGUAAGAAACGGGAAGUAAGGCUUCACUGCUAAGUAUCCUCGCCGACAUGCUUUGAAAAUUUAUUGAAGAAGGCGCCCCUUCGAGUCUUACAAAUGCCCAAACCCAACCUUCUGCAGAGUUCUGGUGAUCGUGUAAAACGGUGCUAGGCUUCGAAUCUAACCCCACUCGCUUCAAUGUGUAUCAACAUUUUAUCAUUACAACAACAAAAACAGCAACAACAACCACGAUUCAUACUAAACUAUACCCUCUAGCCCCCUGCUUCCUUUCAUCACCCCAUUGGCUACAUGCAGGAUAUCAUGAGCGAAGAACCCUUUAGAAAAGACGUAUGCAUAUUUUUCAUAGCUGCGCAAAUCCACAACAUAAUUCGCAUGUUUUCUUUUAAAAUUGAAUAAAAACCAUAUAUGUAUAACAAAGAUGAUAAAAAAAAGUAAAGAGAAAACAUAAAAAGCUGUUAUUUCAACGACGGAGUCUAUUAGUGUUAAAGUAGAAAAGGCAAACAUUUUUAAUAACUAACUACAUACAUACGAGUAUAUACUUAAAUUUGACACUACUUUAAAAAAGUACUAUAAACCAAUAACAAAAAACAAAGAAAAUCUUGCAGCGUGUAUCUAGAAUAAAUCAGUUGCAACAUUUUGCUCUUUAAAACAACAACAACAACAAAAUACAAAAAUUAAACUUAACAACAAAAUGCAAAUUUGUAAAGAAAAGUUCAAUUUAUCAAUCAAAUCAUUUAUCAAUACGAGUAUAUGAAAGCGAACUAUACAUGCAUAACUGCAUAAAACUACAUACAUAUGUACCUACUACAUCCAUGUUAUAUUUAAAGAAGGAAUUUGUUUAUAAUAUUUGUUAUGCUUUGCCCCACACUGUUAUUAGGACAAUUAAACAUUAAACAUUAACGAGUAAACGAAGAACAUAAUUACAUUAUUGAAUCAUGCAUUAAUGCAAGUAAUUACAUAAUACACACAUACUAUACAUACGUACAUACGUAGUUACAUAUAUAGUAUAGAAGUCAGUAACAAUUUUAGCCUAGCCACUAAACCAAACCUAUGGAGACACAAAGCCGUGUUCAGGCGUCGAAUGCAAACCACACACAUCUACACAUAUAAAGUAUGCAUAUUUAAAUAUAUGUACAUACAUAUGCGAGUAUAUGUGUGUAUGUAUUAUUGGCAAGGAAAAAUGAAAAAAAAAAACAAAAAACACAAACAAACUAAUUAAUAAUAAUAAUAAUAAAAUGGAAAAUCAAGUCAGCUACAGCAGUUCAUUCUAUGCAUUACUUGUAUUAACGGCAAAACAAAACAAAACAAACCCAAACAAGAUCUUAAGAAAUAGUAAAAUAUUGAAAAUACACGUAUAUACAAUAAAACAUUAAAUUAGUUGUUAGUGUGAUACAUACAGUUAAUAUUAAUUAAUCAAUUCAUAUAAAUAAAAGGUUUAACGAUGGAAAAGAAUAUAUUCUGUUCAGUUUUACUCUCGUCGUCGAAACACGCCUGUAAGGUUCCCUUGCUUCGCAUCCUUCUUCGACUAGGUUUGGGCCCCAAGAUCCCAAUUCAACAAGAGAAAACUAGUAUACCCUUUACCCUUUGGGUACAGGGUAUAAAAAUCGGAUUGAUAGAAUUGCAAUCGCAAUAUGUUUGUAUAAUUUGUGCGAACCUUACACAUUACUAUACUAUAUAUGUAUGUAUAGAGGGAUGAUGAAAUGAUAAUUUAAAACGACAGCCUAAGUUUAAGCCAUAAUUCACUGAAUUGAAAAGAAAAAACAUCACAGUCAUGCUAUUGAAAGAAAAACUUAAAAUUCAAACUAUCCAACAAUGUACAAAACAGUUGAAAUAACUUUGGAUUCGACCUGCAAACUCUUGUGGGCAUAAGUCUUUAUUUAAGUUUCUUCUCUUACAUCGUAGUCUUUUACAAAUUAAUGACAACAGCCUAUGUAGUUGCAUACAUGAGUACCUUAGAAAAAAAUCGAAAAAAAAAACAAAACAAAAACAACAAAAAUGGUAAAAGUUAAUAGUAUGUUUUGUCUACACGUCGAAUCGACACUAGAAAUCUGUCAACGAUGAAAAGUAUUGCAUCUAGAAUCAAUGCCAGCAAUAGUUUUCAAAGUCCAGCGACGACGCUCAACGUGUAACCACAAUAAAAUGAUAUUUAUAAUAAAAAUAUUAUAUAAUUAUACUUAUGUAGAAGAACAAAUUUGUCAUUAAACACUUUUCAAAUUCUCAGCAAUUCUUAGGCGAGGUCAAGGGUGGAGGUCAACAAAUUGAUUACAAGCACUUCAAUGUAGAAACUGCAACAACAAACAAAACCUACUUUUCGAACUCAACUCUUCAUACACCUAAGCUGCGAGUCCACGGACCCAAGAACUUAGUAUAAAAACUGAAACCGGGUCUUGGUAGUACGAUUAGGUCGGACUCGUGAGUUCAGAGCAUUCAGCAACUGAAAAUCAUUGAAAAACUCAUUCAAAAGUAAAAGUACUAAAUCUUUUAUGAUUUGACUGUGAUAAUAAUAAUGACAAAAAGAAGUAACGAUUAUGGUGGAGGUGUAACAAAAAAAAAAAAAAAAAAAAAAAAAAAAAAAACCAAAAAUAAUAGAGUAUAUAUUAAUGAUGUAUGUACAUAUACGAGUAUACCUUGACGCGUAUAUAUGUAUGUAGUAGACGAAGCAAGCUAAUAUUAAUGUAGGAGCGAUAUAUGAGAAUUAUUAUUGUAUUUGGAGACCGCAGCCCCCGUGGCAUGGUUAUGGGCCCAUAGUGGAACACCCUGUACGAACUAGCGUAUGAUACAAUAUUUACGGAUAAUGAAUGAAGAAAAGAAUAAAACAAAUACUUUACUUAUACAAGUUAUUAGCAAAAUAUUUAAAUGAAAUUUUAGCAAAAUAAAAAACAAAAACCAUUUGAGUGCAAAUAACGAGUUGGAGGCGAGAACUCAGCAACAAAAAUUAUGCAUUAACUGAAUGCAAUAAAAUAAUAUUAAUAAUAAUAAUGAUAAUAACAUUGAUAAUAAAGAACAUAUAAAAAAAUUCAACAAAUUUUUGAAGCAAAACUAACUCUCAACGAUAUUUAGUUAUGAUGCUCUAUUUAAAAUUUAUAUUUAAUUGAAGUUUUUUAAAAUUCAGAAAUCGAAGAAUCAAGUAGCGAAGCAAAACGUUUUAUAAACAUUAUUCAUAUAGCAUUGAGAUCACAUACUCGUUAUUCACACGGAGGACACGAUUACAGAUUUACAAAUUUAGGUACAGUUUUGUUUCUCCCGUUCGAUAUCCCGAUUCGAAUAAACUAACGAACGCCAGAAACUGAAAAUUAAGUACAUUCAUAGUCUAGUGAAGCAACGUUACAAAAUGAAUGGCAAUGGUAAUGGUACCCUUAACCAAGUUUAUCUUAAAGUAGCUCAUUCAAAUUUUAAAAAAAAUUCAUCAUUUUUUGCAACUUAAAAUACCGAAAGUAAGAAGAAUACCAAAAAUCAAGAUUAACUUGUAUAAUUAAGCAAGUGUAAGCAGAACGACUGGCACGCCCAGUCACAGUUACUCCUCUCAACAUACAUAUAUAUAUAUAUAUUUAUAUACAUACACACACAUAGCUAUAUAACCAGAUGAAAUGUCAUACUCGAAAACUCUUUAUGGUCUUUGCAGUUAAGGAAAUCGGCCGACAUCGGCAACAAUAAAAUGAAAGCUAAGCUAGGUAGGUGGUACCGAUGUAGACAGUACGAGUAUAUCGAUUGUAAUAUUAUGUAAUGUGUCCCCCGCGGCACGCAUGUAUGUAUUGAUAUUUAUAUACAUAGAGAAAUUUGAAGAAUAUAUAUAUGUAUACACCAGAACACCAACAUACCAACACACACACACAGACAUUAUUACGUUGAGCAUGAAUAGUUCAGAUACAUGUGUAAGUGAAGGGAAACAGAAUGCAAAGCUGGCAGGUGAAUAAAGAGUAAAAACCAAAAUAAAUGAACAAAAUUAAUUACACCUUACACAUUUAAGAAUGAUUAUAUAAAACAAAACAACAACAAAAAAGCUAAUAAAAAUUAUAUUAUAAAUUCAAA